CCCCCGUCCGCCGUCCUCAAUGUCUCCCCGGCGGGGAGGGGGCUGCCUGGGAGACGCGCUGAGCUGCCCCCCCCGGAGGCCCGUCGGCGGCAGCAGCAGCGCCCGGCCCGGCGUCCCGCAGCCUUCCCCGGCGGCGGCGGCGGCCUGGAGGAGCCGUGCACCCGCCGCCGCCCCCGGAGCCUCGCAGCCGCCGCCGCCACCCGGCGCCCGAGGAGAGGGCGGCGGGCGCCCCCCGGGGAAGAUGAAGGCGGAGGGGGGCGACCACUCCAUGAUCAACCUGUCGGUGCAGCAGGUCCUGAGCCUCUGGGCCCACGGGACGGUGCUGAGGAACCUCACGGAGAUGUGGUACUGGAUCUUUCUGUGGGCUCUCUUCUCCUCUCUGUUUGUCCAUGGUGCUGCGGGCGUGUUGAUGUUUGUGAUGCUGCAGAGGCAUAGGCAGGGGAGAGUAAUCUCGCUCAUUGCAGUCAGCAUCGGAUUUCUGGCUUCUGUAACUGGAGCAAUGAUUACUAGCGCAGCAGUUGCGGGCAUCUACCGAGUUGCAGGGAAGAACAUGGCCCCCCUGGAGGCGCUGGUGUGGGGCGUGGGACAGACUGUAUUGACAUUAAUCAUCUCCUUCUCAAGGAUCCUCGCCACACUCUGAGCUUUCGGUGGGAAUGUCUUACUUCACAUAAGGAAACAGAUGUACAGAUUCUCAGAACACGGCGUUGUGAAGGAGCGGGAAUGAAACCGUACGAGGAGAACGUGGGAGGAGCAGGGCACAGCCGAAGGCCUUGAGCUGUGUGCAAAGAUCGCCCUCUGGUGUCCAAGUGAUUGCACUACCGCACUGCACCUUACGUGCCUCGGUCCCGGGCCAGGCGCAUCACAGGACAGGAAGCUACAGGAAGAAGCACCUUGCUUAGCUGCCAAUCAGGUUAACAUUGGUGUUGACUCAUCGUUCUUAACAGUGUUGUGUUAAGUUACAGGGACGUUUUGAGGAAUUGAUAUAUGUGCCAAACUCUUUUCUCUCUCUUUUUUUUUUAACAUGGAUCAUGUGACAAUUUGCAAGUGUAGAUGUAGAUGAGUGCUGUGAACCAUAUUUGACAUGAAUUCAGGUAACAUAGUGAGAUUUUUGUUUCGUGACGCUAAAUCCCGUAUGAGUGCUGAACACUGAAUCAUUGAAUAUGAGGUAAACUAUUUGGUUUUUAAUGUUGAACGUUUCUGGGAUUUAGGGCUUUAAUAUGUUUAAGCAUUAUUGUUAUUUACUUUAAUUUAUGUGGAAAAUAAUACUUAAUGGAAAACUAGCUAAACUCUUUUAAGGACUCAAAGUAGACCCGUAGGGUGCAUCCUUUCCACUCACUUAAAUAACACUCUUUUAGUAGUUUCCCUCCUACGUAACUAUUCUAUUGAUACGAAUUCAAAAACUUUAUGGGUCACACACAUUGACUGUAGUUUGUGUGUCAUAAAAAUAUAUUUUGAAAUAUAAUUUGAAAAUUUUCUUAUAAACUUUGUAAGAAAAGAAGUCUGAAAUGCAUGUUGCAUUCUUUGACCCUUCUAAAGAAAGUUUUUGCCAUGUAUCUCAUGGAGAAAGUAUCUUUAUAACUAGUAUCUCGGUGGGAUUAUAUUACUUGUUGCAUAUAUCUUGAUUUUUGACAAAACAUAAACAAUCUUUCAUUCUGGGGUAUUACCUAUAUUUAAAGAGUGGCCUAAAUUAGGCUGUGAAAACAAAGAGCCUCAUUUGUAGAUAAGUAACAAGUAAGUUAUAUAAGAAGAGUAAUUACAUUACAUUGGGCAUGUGGUAACACAAUUUCACUAAGUAGAAAUUGGGGAAUAUAAGAAGUAAUUUAAAAAUUUGGCAGUUAAUCUCAGCAUAUCAGUACAGUACUGAACAUAUAUUAAAGUGAUUCCGUUAUUUGGUUCUCGAUUUGCGCUGUUAAGUUUCCUAGAAUCAGUGAUGACAUUUAUUAGAAUGAAAAAUCCUUAGUAAUACAACAUUUUAAGAGGUUUUGGCAAGAUGCAAUUGUUUUUAAGGAGCAAGGGAAACAGAACCUGGUUGAAUUUGUCGCCUACUGAGAUUGUUUUAAAUACCAGGUCCUCUUAUAAAUGUGCUAACUCAAAAAGCCACUGCAGAAAAUAUGAAGUUAAGGGCAGUCCAAAAGAUAAUCUGCAUACUCUAGCCUCACUGUUUUAUGACCCGAUUUGGUAAAAAGUAGGUUUCUGUUAGAUCCCAUUCAGAUUUAAGGCCUUCAUUACCCACACCACUUUUUCUCCACCGAAAAGCAGAAUGUGUUUCAGUGAUGCAAAAAUAGGGACUUGGAGUAAGGGAUACUUUUACCAGUAUGGAAGCCAUUUCUGGGGGUUUACUAAUGCUGUGGCUUGGAAAUCUGUUUUUAAAGACACAAUUAAGCAACUAUGCAUCCCUGGAGAUUUUUGAAGUAAAUCUUAAAAUUGAUUCCUUUUAUUGUGUACAAGCCUAAAAUUUUUUUCAUGUGUUCUUUAUGUUCCUGAUGUUUUCCCAAAUUAAAUUUAGGCAUAAACUUUCCAAGUCCAUUUGAUUUCUCCUUUUCUUUUAGACUUGAAUUGUGUUCUUCCUUUACUUUGGCUCUUCUACUGGUAAUUUCAAGUGUUCAUAUUCUUUGAGAGGAGUUGCCAAUAAUGUGUUCACAUUGUUUCAGAUCUACGAUAUGAAUAUUUAUUUUAACAUAUGGUUGUUUCAUGAUUUACGAAAGUUAUCAUGGUAAGGGAAUAUGGAGCACAUGGUUUAGAAUCCAAAAUUAGCUGGAAAAUAACCUGGACACAUUAAAUCCAUCAAUGUGUGGGCCAAAGAGAUUUUAACUCCUGUUUUUACUCCAGAACGGGAGUAUAAUUGGAUGGUUAAUAAUUAGUCUAUAGAGUGUCCUGCAGCUGUCCCCAUCAGGUUGCUUUUACAUUAUGAAUUGAGUCUGUGUGUAUGUACUUUUAACCAUUGGGGGGAAUUGUUGGUUUUCAGUUCUUUCCAUUGAGAUUUUGUGCAAAUGUCACUCUCUUGAUGUUUUGAAAUGCAGUUGAAUAGUGUGAGUUGAUGAAAUUGUCUUAAUAGCUAUUUCUAGGCCGAGAUUUUUUUUUUUUAAAUCAGUGGUUUUCCUACAGACAACAAAUGCUUAAUGAUAUAUAUAUCCACACACAUAUAUAUCAUUAUAUACAUAUAUGUAAAGCUGCUAUAUAUGAAUAUAGUCUAAUUGGAAAGCUUUUGUUCAGUGAACACUUUCAUGUUCUAGUAGAGAAUUUUAUAUAUUUGUUCAGCUGAAUGAUCUUUUAAAUAAGUAAGGAUGUUUGAGAUUUUUUAAUUUGGAGAAAUUUUCCUUGGUUUAUUAGUGCUGUUGACCCUUGUUUGUGCUUUGACAAAAGCCCUUAUUGAUGUAUUUGGGUUACACUGUCUUAAAAUUUAUGUAUGAUUAAGCAGUAAACUUUCUUUGUGAUAAAUGCAGGAAGGGGGAAAUCCUUUAGAGUUUACACUCCUUUAUUAAAAAAAUAUGUUUACUAUAAUACUACUGAUGUUGAAAUCAAUUCCCCAAAGAAGAGAUCUAUGCCAAUAUGCCCAAACUAAUUAUUAUUUAACAUACUGGUUAGAACUGUCCAUAGAUCAGAAUCAGUCAGGGGGGCCUAUUGAGGCUACAAAUAAUAUGUAAAACUUUUAAAUGAAGGAGGUGUGAGUGAUCUGCCCCAUGGGAUGACUCCACUGGUUGCCUAGAAUUAGGACAUUUCUAAAUGGUGGCUAUAUUCCGUGUCCGCAGCUUAAUCAUUCUUACUUUAGAUCUUACUGUGUACUAAGCAGUCCUAUAGUCUGUUACCCGAUGUACUUUCUUAGUAUUUGCAAUGUACAUUUCCACAGCCCAAAAGAACCUAAGGGUUUUGUUUGUACUUUAAGUGAGAAAUAAGGGAAUGAGCUGCCCCAUAUAUCAGGCAUUGGUGACAGAAGGAACAGGGGUAAGUGGAAAUCAAAGAGUGUUGUUGAAAAGGCCUUUAAAGAAGGUCUAACUAAGAGACAAAUGGCGCUGCCACAUUACUGGGCUCAUGCCGGCACUUCCAUGCCAACUCAUUCAGUCUGGUAAACAUGCGUCUGCUGUUUCCACAGUGCUGCCCUGAGUAUUUCUAUAGUAAGUACAAGGAUGACUGAGAGGAAGUCCCUGCCCUGGAGUCCACCAGGAGCUAGCAAGGUGAUUGUAAAUCCUAAAAAGGUCGGGACAUUUCACUUCCCAAUUCUGUUUGAGAGUUUAAGUCCUGUUCCCCUGCCCCAAGAGUCUGGUGUUCCCAGGUUAGCCACCAUAUGGACUUCCGUAACUGAGCUGUCAUUACUGUGACAGAGCGCGCAGAAUUCUAGACGCUAAGCCUACCACGCCAACUCGAAUCCAGGGCCCGUCGCUUGCUGAAUUCAAAGCAGUACACAUUUGGCAGUAGAUGAUCAAGAAGAGAGUCAUUAGAAUUGUUUUAAUUACAUUUUUAACACCAAUUGAAUAUGUUUUUUUAAAGAUUUUAUUUAUUUAUUAGAGAGAGAGAUAGCGAGAGAGGGAACACAAGCAGAGGGAGUGGGAGAGGGAGAAGCAGGCUU